CUAACUCUGCCUGUAAUCGUCCAAAGCCCGACGUCUUCCACAAAUGAGGGGAUGAUAUGAGGAGAAUAAACUCGUGGACUAUAUUCACAAUUCAAAAAAAAAAAGAAAAAAAAAAGAAAAGACAAAUGACAGAAAGAUAAGAGAAAUGGGCAACAUGGGCAGCAGCAAAUCAGCGAAGCGGCUCCCAGUCGUGGAUUUUUCUUUUUCUUUCUAAAGAAAGCAGCCGGAAAGUGAGAGACAAGAACCAAACACGUCUUUAAGGAGCAGUUCGUCAUUUUGAAGUGCUCGGACACACACUCACACACACAGCCUCCUGAGCCCUCUGUGUCUCUGGUCCAGGUCUAGAGGAAUGUUGAGUGUCUCUACAGCCCCCUCCCUGGAGAUUAGGCUUCACCAUGCAUGCCCCCCUCCUCCUCCUCCUCCCUCCCCUCUUCAUUCCUUUCCAAAGUAUGCCCCCCUAAGAGCUGCCGCAUUUUUAUCUGAGCCUGGUGAUUGUGACAGAUUGGCCAAAUGACACACAUACACAAACACACAUCCGUGGACACACGCUGAGGCACAAACAGAGGGGAAACUGGUUUGCCCCGGGGAGGGGCCAGAACGCGCCAGACUCCAGCUAUAAAACCCUCUCACGAUGAGGCCAGUGUCCUGCCCUGAUCCGGACAGUACCUCCUUCCUCUGUGCCAGGACGCCGCCAGGACAGGCAGCAGACCAGCCUCCACCAUGAACGACAUCUACAAGGCAGCGGUUGAGCAGCUGACUGAUGAGCAGAAAAAUGAGUUCAAGGCCGCCUUUGACAUCUUCGUACAAGAUGCAGAGGACGGCUGCAUCAGCACCAAGGAGCUGGGGAAGGUGAUGAGGAUGCUGGGCCAGAACCCCACGCCAGAGGAGCUGCAGGAGAUGAUUGACGAGGUGGAUGAAGACGGGAGUGGCACGGUGGAUUUUGACGAGUUCCUGGUCAUGAUGGUGAGGUGCAUGAAGGACGACAGCAAGGGGAAGUCAGAGGAAGAGUUGGCGGAGCUGUUUCGCAUGUUUGACAAGAACGCAGAUGGUUACAUUGACCUGGAAGAGCUGAAAAUGAUGCUGGAGUCUACAGGAGAGGCAAUUACUGAGGAUGACAUCGAGGAGCUGAUGAAAGACGGGGACAAGAACAACGAUGGCAAAAUUGACUAUGAUGAGUUCCUGGAGUUCAUGAAAGGAGUGGAGUAAUCCUGAAAAAGAUCCAGAGUGUUAUUUUUGUAUUUCUCUGUGAGUCCACGGUCAUCUGUGGAGAACUGGAAGCUGACUUUGGAUGCCGUUGAGAGAUCCUUGGAACGACUUUGCAAGAUUUAGUCAAAUACUGUAUCCGAAUGUUUCUGUAUUUUUCUACCAUCUCUUGCAUUGUUGUAAAUACAGAUUGUAACUACUUUUGGAGCCCAUGUAUACUGAAUUUGUGUAAAUGUAUCCAAAUGACUUUUUUUUUCUUCUCAUUUUCUAGAGAGGACACGUAGCAUAACAGUUUGACUGCUUAGAAAUAUCAACUUGUGUGUUUGUUUUGCUCAAUCUUAUCUCUGAAGUGCCACAGCCAGUUUACAAAUCUUCUUACUGAGAGGCUGAUAUUGUUUAGCUGUGCAGAUAAUGUAUGUGUGCACAAAGCAGAACGUAUCCAUGAGGCAACAUUGUUUUACACCAUGGGCUCUGGUAGACUAAUCACACUUUUUGAGCAAUGCACUGGAUGCAGUCUGUAUACUGUGCAUGUAAUGAAGUGCACAUACAAUUCUGUAUGUUUCAGAUACCCUCAGGACUUUUUACUCCUCUCUCAUGUUCCUGAAAUGUCUGCAGCGUCUGCACAUUUCUACAUGAAAAAGUUGGAAUGUGCGCUCAUGUAAUAAACAAGAUGCAUUUGUCAAAAGCA